AAUCCCAUGGCCCUUCUGCCAGAUUCUGGGGAACCUUCAUAUUUGCUGCCGGCAGACCGAGAUACCUGGGAAAGACACGAGACUCCUGACUUUGUCUAUGGGCAGCAGGAACUUGCGUUGGAGGGGGUUCAAUGGCGCGGCGUUCCCUGCACCCUCCCAGGCCAACUAGCCCAGUCUCGCUUCGACUCAGCUCUCUGCUCAGCCUGGAGGCAGCGGAUGGAGCUAGGCUUGUUCCGCUACUAUCUUGAGGAGUUGCAGACCCGGACCCUGCCUGGUACUGUGGGCUUCGUUGCUCAGUUGAAUGUGGAACGAGGUGUGCGUAGGAGACACCCGCAGGACAUCCAGAGUGUGAGGCAGGCGUUUGACCCCACACAGUUCAACUUCACUCACAUUCGGCCAGGAGAAGUCCUUUUCCGUCUGAGCCGGGUGCCUGGUCAACAAGAAGACAUCUUUGUGGUGAUCAACGUCAGCCCCUUGGAAUGGGGCCACGUGCUACUGGUGCCCGAGCCCACCCGGGGACUCCCCCAACGCCUGUUGCCCACGGUGCUGCAGGCUGGGCUAGAGGCUGUGCUCCUCAGCUCACACCCCGGUUUCCGGGUGGGUUUCAACAGUCUGGGGGGACUGGCCUCUGUGAACCAUCUGCAUCUGCAUGGCUACUACUUGGCGCACAGACUACCCGUGGAGUGGGCCCCAAGCGAUCCCCUGGACUCUAAGGGCCAUUUUCAUCUGCUCCGGACUCUCCCAGCCCCUGGCUUCCUCUUCUACACCAGCAGGCCUGGCGCUGACCUGGAGGCCUUGAUCCGAAGAGUUUGUUUGGCCACUGACUACCUGUAUGAACAUGAGAUCGCACAUAACCUGUUUGUGACCAGGGGAGCUCCCCCUGGAAAGCCUUCACCUUCCUCUGCCCUUACUGGGCUCCGGGUCAUCCUAUGGGCUCGGAAGUCCAGCUUCGGAGUAAAGGAGAGCGAGGCUUUCAAUGUUGCCCUCUGUGAGCUGGCUGGGCACCUCCCAGUGAAACAGCCUGAAGAUUUCAACAGCCUGACUGAGGCCACCGCUCUGGCCCUCAUCCAGGACAGUCUGCUGCCCCCAACCAUGGCCCAGGAGGUCCAGGCAGCUUUGGUAGCCUUGAUGGACCAGGAGGAGCAGUAGGGCAGUGGCCGUAUUUCCCUUCUGCCUGGGAGCGAUCCAUCACAGUCACCGGAAUUUUUUGCUUGUAUGUUUGGGCAGUGCCCAGGAAUGAGCGGGAGACUUAGCAACAGCUAGCCAUUACACAGGGCACAUGUAUGAUGCCCACUCCCCUCCCGCAAAGGGAACUGGAAAGAGUGAUGGAAGAGGAGCCCCCUUGGAGUGAAUGGACCGGAUGUACCUCCCUCAUGAAUGUAUCUGAACACCCAGGGGGUGUCAGGAAUACAGGCCCUGGGCUUUUACCUCAUGGACUUGCCCUUCAUCCCAGCCUGAGGCUCAGUGCCCUUCUCCUCUGCCCCUGCCCUCUGUCUAGCUCCAUCCUUAGCCACCUUCACCACGCCAUCUUUCUCCCUCCAGAACUCUGAACUGCACAUGCUUCCCCCCACCAUCAUCAACACCAUACAUACCAUACAUGCACCAUUCAUUAUCAUACAUGGAAUUGGGCGUCCUUUCAGCCUUCCUGAGGGCUAGGCAGAGACUCAAGAAUCACUGCCUAGAUGGACAACUCCAAGGUAAGGGAGUUGAGAGUGGCAUAAGCAGAUGGCUGGGCCUAUGUGAGGUUUUCACGUAGGAUCCUGGCUGGAGGCUGCCACGAUAAGGCAGUGUAUCACAUUUCAGUGUGUAAUGUUGGGGCUAGAGCCAUAGUACAGCACAAGGCAGACCCAGAUUCAAUCUCUGGCAUCCCAUAUGGUUUCCUAAGCACUACCAGGAGUGAUUUCUGAGUUCAGAGCCAGGAGUAUACCCUAAGCACCACCAGGUGUAACCCCAAAAUAAAAAAGGUCAGAGCUAGCACCUGGUUUGAUUUCUAGCACCCCAUAGUGUUCCCCCAAGCCCUGGCAGAAGUGAUCCCUGAGUAUAGUCAGGGGUAAGCUCUGAGUAUAGCCCUGUGUGGCCCUAAAAAAAAACAUGUGUAAACCUUUUUUUGUUUGUUUGUUUGUUUUUUGCUUUUUGGGUCACACCUGGCGAUGCACAGGGAUUACUCCUGGCUCUGCACUCAGGAGUCACUCCUGGCGGUGCUCAGGGGACCAUCUGGGAUGCUGGGAAUCGAACCUGGGUCGGCCACGUGCAAGGCAGACGCCCUACCCGCUGUGCUAUCUCUCCAGCCCCAAAUGUGUAAACCUUUAACAUACACAUUUCUGUCAGAAGACUGGUCAAUCUCCUGCUUUGGCAUUUUGCUUUUCCCUUCCUGUCUCCAUGCUUGCUCUCUCUCGCUCUGUCUCUCUGUCUCUCUCUGUCUCUCUCUCUCUCUGUGUCUCCCCCCCCCCUUCUGUCCCUCUUCCCUUCCUCUCCCCCUCUCCCUUCUUGCUCAGUCUCCCAGGGCAAUGCUGGCCAUAGUAAAACUGUGACCCCCAACUCUCAGCAUUUCCCUGUGCUUCUGUUCAGAGGAGAGCCAU